UGUUGUGACCAUGUUCUAGUUAUCAGUCUAUUGAGGUAUAUAGGCUCCGUUUUGGGGGUUGGCCACAUUAUUGGCCAGUAAACAAAUCCAUCCAAUGCCUCAUUGCCAGCAUUUCAUGUCGUUGCACCAAGUCUUCCAGGCAUUGGCUUUUCGCCCCCUCCCAGAGCAUGAUGGAUUGGGUCCCGUCCCUAUGGCCUACGCCUUCUAUGUCAUGAUGCAGCUGGGCUACUCGAAAUAUGUAAUACAGGAAGGAGACCGGGGCAGCACUAUAUCAGCCAUGCUUCUUCUGGUGGAGUGGCACGUGAAAGCAAUCAACAGUCCGAGGGAUUUUGCUAACGAUGAAAUUGGGGGCCUUGGGGAGUUUCUUAGGAACUGUUAUCUCGAGGACUUGAAGAGAUACAGAGUUAUCUUUAUACAUAUUAUAACAUAUAUCUCUAGAAGCCAAAAUCAUACGGCCAAUCCUGGUGAACGCACUCUGAUCCAUCCUUUGCAUUCCAGUCCGCCACCGAUGGUACGACCGAAUAGAGACACUAGAAGACGCCGACGCCCAGCCUUUUCUUGCGUAGAGUGUCGGCGUCGCAAAGUCAAAUGCGACCGCAAUAACCCCUGUGGGCAAUGCGUAACCCACAAGUUGAGCUCAUGUACAUAUGCGGUUAUGCCACAAUGCUCUCAAGGAGAGGUGGCCCCGGGGGCCGCCAACCAAGGGGCCAUGGCAUGGCAAGAUGCCUUUUCGCAAUCGACCCCCGAUGCUUCUGGGGCAGCGGCCCCUGUCCCAUCUGAGAGCCCGAGGCUCUCUCGCGGACCUGACCCGGACAGAAACCAUGAUACUCAACAGAAUAUCAACGGGGUUCCUGACCCAUGCCCACCCACGUCGGGGACGAUCCAUGGAACCCUAUCCAAAACAAGGGUCUACGGUCACGGUCACUGGGUGAGCAUGUUGCCGUUCGUGGAAGGCGUACCGGUUGUGGACUUGGACAUGCAGUCUUCUGGCUCGGGGUCGCUGGCCUCCUCGGAGCAUCUCUCAGUGAUCGCCGAGUGCAAAGAGCUGGCUCGGGAUAUUAAAAAGCAUCAGCCGAGCCGAAGUCCCCUUUCGCCCAAUAUUUCUGAGCUCCUUCCCGACCGCCCGGUCAUGGAUGAGCUAGUGCAGCUGUAUCUCGGCACCUUUGAGUCGUGUUAUCGAAUUCUUCACAUCGGGUUGUUUCAGUCCGCGUAUCAAGACUAUCUGAGACAGCCACAGGAAGCGAGAUCUUCGUUUGUGGUAAAGCUUUUGCUCCUAAUGGCUAUCGCAGCGCCCCUGCGCAGUAAUCACAAGGACAACCAGCUAGCUGCUAGAGCCAAGACAUGGAUUCAUAUCUCCCAGGGAUGGCUCUCUGGGCCCUCGGAAAAGAACCGUUUAACAAUAGACGGUAUUCAGAUCCACUGCCUACUUCUACUUGCUCGUCAGAUAAACCGAGUAGGAGCAGAUCUAGUUUGGAUCUCGGCUGGCUCCUUGAUGCGGAUGGCUAUCCAGAUGGGUUUGCACCAGGAUCCGCGCCACCUGGGGUCGAUGAGUCUCCUUCAUGCCGAAUUACGCCGACGGUUGUGGUAUACAGUCUUGGAGCUGAAUAUACAGGCCGCAUUGGAUUCGGGGAUGUCGCCGAUGAUCACUACUGCCGACUAUAAUACCAAGCCACCCUCUAAUUUGGAUGAUGCUGAUCUGCUGGCAGCACAUGCAGAGGGCGUUCCCAUAAAGCCGGCCUCGUCAGCUACCCAGAGCUCCUAUCAGCGCCUAUUAGCAAACUCCCUUACCCUACGACUGGAGGCCACAAGAGUCAUCAACAAUCUACAGGACGAGCCUUCAUAUGAUCAGGUUCUUCGUCUUGCCAAGGAUUUGGCAGCAGAAUGUCGUAAUUCAACGAAUAGUGUUGGUCACCAUAUCGCGACUGCUUCCGGUUUGUUUACGGAUCCGCAGCCUACACUAACUCAAUUCAAACAUAAUUUUUACGAGCAUCACCUUUCUCGCUUUCUGCUGAGUCUGCACUUUCCCUACGCCGUCAAAAGCAAAUUCAAUCCUCUCUAUAGUUAUUCCCAGAAAGUCUGUCUUGAGACCGCGCUAGAUUUGGUGUCUCUUUUGGAUGACGAUAUAUACCACCGCCUACUCCUCUCGGGGGGUGCCAUGUAUCGAGACAUCGUCACCCGGGGGGCAGUUGUGAUAUUUCUGGAAUUAAUUUCGCAACUGGAAGCCAACAAUUCUCUAUUCUCUCGACAGCGAAACCGUGCCCGCAGAGAGCCAUUGCUGAACGCUGCGCGCAGGGUGGUGCAAUACACGCACGAUCGACUGUGGCAUGGUGAAACAAAUGUACAGGGCUACGUUUAUGCCAGCACAGCAAUGGCCCAGGUUGAGGCUCUUCUUGAUGGCGUGCCAAUUAAAGAAGCCAUAGCAAGUGCGACUGGAAGGAGCCUUGUCGUAUGCCGGGAUAUUCUGAAAUCUAUAGCGGCUCAUUCUUCGUCGACUGACGAGGCACAUCAAAGGCCGCUCUCUUACCUAUACGCCGAUAAUGAACCGACACCCACUGUCGCUGAUGCGAACUUUGAAUUUCUGAACAAUGGGGCCAUCAGCUUUGAUAUUUCGGAGCCAUACUUUCUUCAGCAAUGGGCUGGUCAGUCUUGGCCUGGGAGUCCGCCUGGUACGUCAGGGGAACCAGAGCAGCUGUCAUCUUUGGACAAUGAGGAUUUAAAUAGGGCCUCAACAAUGGCCAAUAAUAUCUCCUUCAUCCAAGAUGCGGAAGCAGGUUAA